CGGCUUGGAGCGCAGGACCAGACUUUCCCCUGUUCUGUUCUUGAGGUGCGAUAGAGACUCCAUACAAAGAUACUGAGCAAUAUGGAGGGGACUUUCCGAGAGCAGCUUUUCUUCCUUGUGUUAUGUCUGUCAUUUCUGAAGGGAGACACCAGAUACAUCGAGGAAAAUGACAUUACACCAGAGGGAUUAUUUGCACUUCUUAAUUCAGAGCUCAAAAGAGAAAUACCCGAGACAUUAAUUUACAGGCGACCCCUCCGUUGUCUGGACAUGGUGGCAGUAGAGGGUCAGUUCACCUUCACAGCAGACCGGCCUCAGCUCAGCUGUGCUUCUUUCUUCAUCGCUGAGCCCGACCAGGUCAUCAGUGUGGAGUAUGACAGCGUCGACAUCGACUGCAGGGGAGGAGACUUCAUUAAGGUGUUUGAUGGCUGGGUGAUGAAGGGAGAGAAGUUCCCUAGUUCCCAGGACCACGCCCUGCCGUUGAUGGAACGCUAUGUGGACUACUGCGACUCUGGGACGGUCAGGAGAACCGUGCGGUCGUCUCAGAACGUUGCCAUGCUGUUCUUCCGCAUUCACACUGCCGGGAGCUCCUUCACGCUGACAGUCAGGAAACCCAUCAACCCUUUCCCCUGUAACAUCAUGUCCCAGACACCAGAGGGCAGCUUCACCAUGGUGAUCCCCCAGCAGCACAGGAACUGCAGCUUCUCCAUCAUCUACCCUGUAGAGAUCAAGAUUGCUGAGCUCAGCCUGGGACACUUCAACGACUUCCCCAUCAAGAGGUCCAUCCCAGGAUGUGCGGGAGCAGGGGACUUUGUGGAGCUGCUGGGAGGGAACGGGAUGGACCCGUCUAAAAUGUUCCCUGUAGCUGACCUUUGUUACAGAUUUAACGGUCCCGCCCAGAUGAAGAUAGGUUGCGAUAACACGGUGGUUAGGAUGGUGUCCAGCGGGAAGUUUGUCAACCGCGUGGCGUUCCAGUACCGUCUGCUGGACCGGCAGGAGCUGCAGAGGAUCAAGGUGAACAGUGUGGAGGAUUUCUGCUUCACUGGCUGAGCUCUCUGUCUCUUUAUCCAUCUCCUCCCCAACAUGUCGUCUCUCUACCACCUAGCUAAUGGGGACCACGCAUCACCGGCUGCCAA